AUGUCUGGCUUCCCGAAGCGUAGCGCCGCUUUCAACCCGCAUGCUUAUCGCAGCCAGGCUGCGUAUGAUGCUCACAAGAAUUUCAUCAAUUCUCCAAAGCAGGAACCGUCCGACGAGCCAAAGCCGACCGGUUCAUUUAACCGCAACGCCUACCGCAGUCAGGAGGCCUUUGAUGCGCACCAGAACACUUUGCGUGGCGACACCCAUCCUCCCAAGAAGCAAUCCUUCGACAUGCCGAAGAGCAGCGAUUCGUUCAUCCCUCACGGUUACCGCGACCAGGCCGGGCAUCAUUCGAACAAGAAUACUCCACGCGCCAGUAUCGAUCACCCCAAGCAGCAGAUUCAGAACCAGCAAUUCCGGAAGCAGCGCCCCACCAAGCCAGUAAAGGGCUCCGGAACCCAGAGCGGUGCUGAAGGACCGCACUACAUGUCCGACGCCGAAGUGCGCGAGUGGUUCCGCCAGGCCGAUAUCGACUACGAGAACAAGAAAAAGGCUGGGUACAACAAGGAUUACGUCCCGGCGGGAGGCCACACUCCGGAUUUCAGCGCCUUUCGGGCCAAAUUUCCAGCGUCAAAUGUCAUCGUUCCCGGCAUGAAGAACUCCCUGCAUGCACCACUCAAGAGCACAGAGUCUGCGAAGGUCUAA